AUGGGUGUGGAGCUGUCAGCGCAGUUAUACAUUCCCAAGCUGAAGGAACUAUUUGUUGUAUUUUCCUCUCCGUCACACACUGCUUCUCCUUGUUUCAGACAGCACCAGCACUCAGCUCCAGUCAUGAAACUGUACCUCAUCCUGCUUCUUUCUGUCCUCUCAGCAGUGCACUGGAGCCAUGCUCAAGAUGUGCUAGAGGAAGAGAUUGUCGUACGUCGUGUGCAGCCUCUAGGAGAUUGGUCUGUAGUCAACCCCAAUCAGGAAGAUGUCCAACAGGCUGCCCAAAAAGCUGUGGAGAGAUUUAACGUGAAAUCCAAGGCUAAGAAGCUCUUUAAGCUUGUUGAGAUAACAUCUGCACAAACAAAGGUCACUAAUGUUAUAAACUACAGGAUCAAUGCCAUCAUAGGAAAGACAAAGUGCCUAAAAACUGAGCCUCAAGAUCUGGAUUCCUGUGUUAUGGCUAAAAAGCAGCUCAGGUGCAAGUUUGACGUUGAGUACAACCCAAGGAACGAGGAAUAUACUGUGGAGAUGUCUUGCAACAAAAAAUCCACAUAAAAGCAGAUUUCUACCCCAAUCACGUGAAGAAAACUAUACAGUGUUUAGAGAUAUACUGACAGGUGACAAAUUAAAGGACAAAAUAACAGGAGCCAUGAUGCACAGCCAGAAAAUAUAUUCCCUGAAUUGGUGUUUUAAUAAUGAUGAUGAUGAUGAUGAUGAUAUAAUGAUAGUGGUGAAGAACACGUCUAUCCAAAAUCUUCGACAGAUGUUGAAUUAGUUGAGAUCUGGUGAAUAAGAAAGCCAAAGUAUAUGAUUGACAGCAUUUUCAUUCUCGUCAUACUAUUCAGUGCCCUGUGUUUUGAGGCAGGGUCAUGCUGGAAGAGUCCAGUCUCAUCAGGUUGGAAAUGUUUCAUGAAGCGAUCAGUCAGAAAAGUCAUUGUAUUCAUUUGCAGUUUUCUCUCUAUUGGGACAAGUGGUGCCAAACCAUGCCAGCAAAAUAACUAAAUGUAUACAUUAAUUGCUCACACAGCAUCAUAUAGACAGUGUAUAGCAGCAUUUCCAUUCAUUUGUCACCUGUCAGUAAAAGCUUGUGCCUUAUUGAUGUGUUAAUACAGAAUCGCUCCCUCUGGAAGGGCUUUAUUAUUUUCAUACUAGAAAUUGGGAAAAUGUUAUUGCUAUAUAAAAGGCUGAAAUAAAUGUAUGUUACGGAAAUAAACAGGCAUAACUUUA